ACCGAGAAGGUUCGCUGGCUGAAACGGUUCAUUAUGGACCCCAAGACAGGGGGUUGCGUUGGCAGGAGCAAGACUGAGAUCAAGCGGACGAGGGAGGACGCGGUCAUCGACGUAUGGGUGACGCUCGACGUGUUGGGCGGCCCGCUCUACCUGAACAACAAGGAGCACGCGCUGGCGAUGAUCGCGGACCUGGAGUCGCGUCCCCACAAGCGUUCACGUGCCCUCAGAGAUCUGGGCAUUCUCGAAUAUCAUUAUGUAUGCGACGGUGAGGGCAAGCUCAUCGAUUCCACCAGCCACUCUGCGUCGGUCGAGGUCGAAGCUAGCAUGGAGGCAGAUGAUUAUGAACGCG